AUGCAAGCGCCCCAGUCAGACCCGUCUGGGGGUGCGCCUUCCACCUCGUCUCCCCCGCGAGCAAAGCCUGCCUUCCUCGCUGCUCUUGCCAUCCCUUCGUUCGCGUCCUUCACGCGCUCGCAAGCUACCCAACCUGCACCACCCACGGCCGUCCAAUCCCCAUUGCGACGGAAGCCCCUGCCCCCAGGAUCGCCCGUUGUGGGACGAUACUCGCCGGCUGAAUUGAACAACGGCACUGGCGUGGCACCCGAUCGACAGAACGGGCGCAAUAUCCUUAAUCGACAGUCCCAAGACCCUCGCCGCGCCGCUGCGUUGCCGUCUCCCGCCUCCAGCGUUGGCCUCAUUGACUUGAUACCGCGCAACCUUGACGAACAGCCCCACGGCCAGACUCCUUUAACUGCGACUGCCCCGAAAUAUCCUGACAGACAGAGUUCUCUCUCCUCGAACAACGGUCGCGUCUCCUCGGGCCCCCUACCAAGGCAUGAUCGGUCUGCCAGCAGCUUUCAAGUACACCGACAGAGCAGACUAGAAGAACUGAGAGCUUCGGCGAAAGGACAGCACGCGCGCUCACCUACUAUGCCGAAUAUGCCAGCAUACAACACAGCAGAAGUCCGACCACCACCCAACUUGCGAUUGAAACUGGACGGAGUGACGGAAGAUUUUAUUGACGAUCUAUACGAGACGGACGAAGAUCGCGAGGAAGAACAGGCGAGGCCCGUCAAACCCAAGUCCCCGGCCGCAGGCUUCUCUUCAUUCUUCGGCUGGAACUCAGCCAAGCAAAACGGCGGCGAGUCGCCCACAACCACAUUCUCGGAAAAGUCUUUGUCGCCUGCCGCUUCCCCGCGAUUUCCUAAGCAACAAGGAAUGCCAGCCAAGACAAAGCCGACUGGCCUAAACAUCCCCAUGGCAAAUUCCUUGUCUCAGCCGUCUUACUUCAACGUUCCUGGGACGCCACUUCUAUCAUCGUCGCCCCAAAUGAAUGCUCAUGUCGAAGAGCUAGAGCGCGAGCUUCGCGAGGUCAGCUCGGAGCUGGCUGCUUCCAUCCGCAGGGAGAUGGAGCUGGAAGACGAGGUGGAGCGAUGGAAAUCGGAAACCAUGACCACCAUGUCAGUGGACAACCGACGAACGAGCGAUUACUAUUCGGACUCGGGUGCCAGUUCCAUCCGCUUCCCCAUCUCGGACCCUGAGAGCAAGCUGGAGGAGGUCGAGACGCUGCGUAGGAAAGCAGAGCAAGAACGUGCCACUUUGAAGGUGCAGAUGGCAGAACGCUUGUCGGACGAACUGCGCCGUCGUCGCGACCUUGAAGAACAAGUCCAGCAACUUGAAGACAAGGUCAGCGGUCCAUCUGGCACAUCUGCUGCUGGUGGUUCGAAAGUCAAAGAGCUCGAGGCCUCUUUACAAGAUGCUCAAAGACGUUUGGCUGAAGAAAGACAGGUCAAAGAGAACUUUGAAGAUCUAUUGACAGCCCUUCGGGAUGAGCUUGAACAACACCGAAACGAACGAGACAAUCUCCGCGACGAGGUAGUGCCACAGCUCAGAGCUCGCCUCGAAGGCUUAGAGUCCGAAGCGGCCGAUACACAAAGCCUCAUGUACGAGACGACGCGCAUGCAACAGGAAAUCCAGCAACUGCGAACAGAGAACCAAAUGCUUGUCAACGCGCGGAGGUUGCAGCAGGAGAUGACACCGCAAGCCACUCGCUUCCAACCGAUCGGGGCUAUUGCUGAGGAAGGAGAGUCUCCGCAGAAGACCAAUCCGCGCGUGGGCCUAUCGCGAUCAAAUUCCCUCGCUCGAAGCUCUGGUUUUGCUAGCAAGAGAGGCUCACUGCAGCGGUCCAAUUCGGUCAAGGAUAAAUCCGGCGCCGCAUCACCCCUGGAGGGAUCAUCUCCACUCGCAAUGGGCAACCCAGUCAAGGAGCUAGAAGAGCAACGGGAUGCCCUUCACAAGGCUCUCAAGCACCUUCUGCAACGACAGGAGAUGCAGCAAAGAGACUUCGAGAGGCGCAUCAAGGAACUGGAAAUGGAACGAGACAAUGCGCUGAAUCUCACGCCUCGGCGCACGGCAUUCCAUAAAGAGGUUGCCAGCUUGAGGGGUGAGGUAAACUCGCUCAGACGUAGAGCUGACGACGCUCUUGAACAAAAGUUCCAGUGCGAAAAUGGCCUCCGUGGACUUCGUAUGGACCUGGACCGUGCCCAACAGGAGACAUCGUCUCUUCGCGAACUACUGACCGAAAACGACAUUACCAUCCCUGAGAUUCGGAUCGAGAACCAGCCUUACUCGCUCGACAAAUCGUACAAUGAACUACGAACCACGCACGCCUUGUCGCUCGCCCGCAUCAAGCAGAUGGAGUCGGAAGAUUCACUAGGCGAUGCCAGUGAAGAGGCUGAGCGAACCCUAGAUCUGCUGAAGCGAAGCAUCUCGGAUGCGGAAGCAGAGCGCGAUUAUGCGCAGAAAGAAGCCGAGCAGUAUCGCCAGCAGGCCCGAGCACUGCAACGGUCCGAGCUUGAACACUUGGGCAAGGAACAACAUCUGAGCAGUGAGCUCUUUGCAGCAGCAACUCGCAUGGAUGAGCUUUCUAGCAAGAUCCAGCAGCAGCUUGAGUCGAAUAGAGCACUGCGCAAACGACUGACGGACGCGGUCGCUCGUGGUGAGCAAGAGCAGGAAAAGUCCACAGAAAAAAUCAUCGAGCUGGAGCGACGACUCAAGAGCGCGGAAGAGAAGGUCAUGACUGCCCAGCAAUCGUCAGAGGAGGCUAUCUCCAAGCACGAGGUCGAGGUACAAGCUCUUAAGGAGAGCAACACGAACCAAUUGCGCCGCGCAAAGUCUGGCCUGCUAAGCCCCGCUGCUUUGUCGCCGAAGAUGCCGACAUCGCCAGUGUUUGCACAGAGGGCGCCUCGCCUGAGCCAGACCACGAGUGGGCCAGCGAUGUCCAUGGCCGAAGCCACUAGGACCGAGCUUCUCGAGAAGCGUGUUGAGGAGCUUGAAAAGGCUCUGAGAGAUGCCGACCACGAGAUGGAGGAGGUCGUGGGCCGUAUGAACAUGGCUCAGAUGGAGGUUGCCGAUCUCCAGUUCCAGAGAGACGAAGCCAUGAUGCAGACCAGGAAGCUUCAGGCCGAUAUUGUCGCCGAACGCGAGAAGGUCCAAGCCCUCAUGACGCAAGCAUGAUCUUGAUUACGAUGCAUAACGCCGAGCGUUCGAAACGACUCUCCCUACUUCACUUAGCCGAUUAUAAUAUUUUCCUUCUCUCCAGACACGGCCGUGUCUCCCCUUAGCAUCCCUUCCGACAUUUGGCGUUUCCCGGACAUGGCAUUUACACUGGAGCAAGGGUUGCAUUCUCGUAUUAUUUUGCACCACAUGCCCCGUUGCUGAGGCAGUUGCCCGCGGCUGAGGCCCUGGUCUUCGGACACAUUCGAUCGGUGGACCAAUUAUGGCCACAAGUUAUAUACCCUUUCUCCGGUGACAGCUGCAUGCUGCAACAGCUUUGCGAGUUUUGUCUACCAUUGUAUUAGUUGAUUACCUGGCGAGCAGCCCAUUACCGUUGUACAUAAUGAUUUAAUGGUUGGAUGCUUGAUGCUCGACAUUGGUGGGAGAACAGGUGUAGCAGUAGAGUGAAGACCA